GGGUGCAGCCUGGCCCCACAAGGAAGGAAGGCUGGUGCUGUGGGGCCCUGGCAGUCCUGGCAGUGCCUGCAGGGGGUGGAGACAGGGCAGCGGGCCCACCACAGCACCAUGCUCCUGGGGAUCCUCGUGGUGCUCUGCUUCAUCCCCACUGCUGAUGUAACAGAAAACAAGAUUUUAGUGGCUCAGCAUCCUUUGCUCAUUGUAGCUAACCAAACUGCAACUCUAGUUUGCAACUACACUUACAAUGGGACAGGGAAGGAAUUUCGAGCUUCGCUACACAAAGGAACGGACAGUUCAGUUGAAGUUUGCUUUAUUUCAUGGAACACAACCAUAAUCAGCAACAAUUCAAAUAAAGAAUUCAACUGCCAGGGGGAUCAUGAUAAAAACAAAGUCAUCUUCAAUCUUUGGAACAUGAAUGCCAACCAAACUGACAUCUACUUCUGCAAAAUUGAGGUCAUGUAUCCACCCCCAUAUGUCUACAAUGAGAAGAGCAACGGGACUGUCAUUCAUGUGAAAGAGAUUCCCACCCGAAUACAAGAGCCUCAGUCUACAAUUCCUUUGUGGAUUCUGGCAACAGUGACUGGAAUUCUUGCACUCUACAGUGUGCUAAUAACUGCAGCUUGUAUUAACUACUGGCAAAAAUCCAAAAAUAAGAAGUACCAUCAGAGCGACUACAUGAACAUGACUCCCCGGCACCCAAUAUACCAGAAGAACAAGGGUUACCCAUCCUAUGCACCAACACGAGACUACACUGCGUACCGCUCCUGGCAGCCCUGAUCCCACCUGGAGCCUCCUGUGCUUCCACUUGCUCUGGGGCAUGGAAGGACAGCCUCUCAUUUUCUCGUCGUGUUUGUUGCUAGUGAUCAUGGACACCUACACCAUAGCAAGUGUUAACUAAACUUUGAUCUACUAAAAGGAAACCCAGACCAACAAACAAAUAUAAAAAGGCAGGGGGGUGGAGGGAGGGGAAGUAAAAAAAGAAUUUUUCUCCGUGAUGGCUGAAAAUGAGGCCCAGCUUGUGUUGGUAGUUGUCAGUGGGUAAGAUGGAAAGAUGGCAUCAGACCUCGGCACUGGUCUCUUCCUAACAUUUGUGGUUUUACUCAGCUAUUGGAAGAAGCACAACUUCUGAUCUUUUCCAAUAACUACUGCCUUAGAUUUAACCUUUA